CGGCCAACAUCCUUGAUGGGAACACCAACUCUCCCUGCUACAUUGGGCUUUAGUUUAAGAAACAAUACUCCUUUAAUGGGUCAAGCAGCUGGCAUGCUCACAUCGUCUCAUAAAAGCACACUUCCAACCGGACUUCAAAACUCACUCGCACUUACUCCUAACCUCGGAACCAUGAUGCUUGCCAACAAUCCUGCAGCAGGUAUAUCUUCAUUCUCCAGAGCACUUCCAGUACAAACUUCUGCUCUGCCACAGGGCUUUACUCUGGCAGGUGCUCUGCCUCAGUUUGCAAACCUAAAUCAACAACUCAACCCGGCCCUUCUUCAACAACAAGCAGCACUUGCUACUGGCGCGUUAACCGGUAAUGCAGGGCUCUCAGCCGCUGCUUCUGUCUUGAAUCAGGCAUCUAUGUCUGCUCCUCUGGUCCAAAUGGGCCAAGCAGGUAAUGCUCUUCAGCAGCAUGCUUCUAUCCGCCCUCAACAUUUCGAUCAAUAUGGAAGGACAAACAUUCCCCAAUUUAGUAGCUCAUCUUCAUCCAAGCUCACUGAAAACGACUUCGACGAAAUUUUACAACGGAACAAAACCGUAUCGUCCAGUGCCAUCAAUCGUGCUGUCAAGGAUGCAGCGAAUGGUGAUUACGCAAGCGCUAUAGAGACUCUUGUGACGGCAGUUUCCUUGAUUAAGCAAUCAAAAAUUGCGAAUGAUGAUCGCUGUCGGAUUCUCAUAAAUUCCCUCCAAGACACUCUGCAUGGGAUUGAGGAAAAGUCUUACGGUUCAAAGUAA